AUGGGAGCGUAUAAACCCAACUGCCAUUUCGAGUUCCCGGAUCCUCAGCACGAUUUCCAAGCAUCUACGACCCAGAAGCGGCGGCAUAGAAAGGGAGACGCCGAAACUGCUGCUCCUUGUCCCCCGGUUAUUGGAGCCAUAUCGCCAUCCAAGCACUGUCGUUGGUACUGGGCAUUGGUAGUAGCUAGCGCUUGCUCAUUAGUUCCCCCCUACGCCGUCACACCAAGCAGGGCGAGGUUGAUCUGGACGGUCGCAUGGUACGCGAUCCUGAUGAACGGCAGCUUGGCCUGGAACACGCAAAGAUGGGAAUGGCCCGUUCCUCUCCAAUGGCCUGCAAAUCACGCUAUGGACGCGUGUUAUCGAGAGCGAGCGGCAGAGUACGAUUCUGUAUGUUCGUCCGACCGCGAACUGGAUCCAGAUAGCUCAACUGCAAUGCUGGGUCCCACUAUCAAAGUAUACAUCGAGUGGGGGAAAAGGGUGCGCAAUGACGUCAAGGCGGAGGAACGAGGAGAGGGCGAGCCGUUCGUCCAUGUCGCGCUGUUCGUGUCUCUCUCCUUCGGCGCCAAGUUGGGGUCGUGCAAAUUUCCUGAGGACGAUGUUGCUCUGUGCCAGUUGCCCGUUCUCACAAGGAACGGGAGAUAUGUUGCAUGGCGACCGAGAGGCAUCGCUCUGUUUUCACCAGUGUCAGACCUGCUGGGUGAUAACGGAGUAAUGUCAGCCUGGGGAGGACAGCGCAAGCUGCUAAUCAAGAGGAGAGGGGAAAGCUUCCAGUCACACCAGUGCAUGGAAGACGUCCGACUUAAGACGAUGCACCAAUUCUGGGAGAGAGCCGCUGUUGGUGGAUUCAUGAGUGGCAGGUCUUGUGGAGAGACG